AUGGCGCCUCUCGACAAACCAACUCCCGAGGAGCUGGAGCAGCAGCUCAAGGACACGAUCCAGGACCUGUAUCAGAUCAUGGUGCAGGUGACGACCUACAACGCAACGCCCUCAAACCCCUCGGGCCCGGCGCUCGCUGAGUCCGUCCAGGCGCUCUCCCAGUCCCUGCAGCGCGUGCACAUGACGGCCGUCGCCGGCGCGCCCCCGUCGCCCGACCUGCCCGGCGCCCUCCCCAAGAUCCCUCCCGAGCUCGUGCAGUACGUGGAGAACGGCCGUAACCCGGACAUCUACACGCGCGAGUUCGUCGAGCUCGUCCGCCGCGGCAACCAGCUCAUGCGCGGUAAGAUGGGCGCCUUUGCCCGCUUCCGCGACGUCCUCGCCGAUCACAUCGAGCGCGGCAUGCCCGAGCUGCGCGACGACGUGGCGCGGGUCCUGGAGAGCACAAAGGUUACCGGGAGCGGAAGGCCUGGGACGGCGGAGUGA